AUGACCCAGCGAAGAUCUUAUGUUACUCAGAGGAUGGAUUUGGAUGAUCCAGCGAAUAGGAGUUUUUGGACGAGAAAUAGAACGGAAUGCUUGCUCAGAUUGUUGACAGAACAGGCUCAAUUGACUGGAGAUAUCGACCACGAAUCCGUCGCCCAAAAAAUGACAUCUCUCCUGUCUCUCCCAAUUCCAAUGAAAAAGCAAAACAUCUCCGACCGUCUUGAAGCCAUGUUCCACAAGUACCAGUGCGAGCAACUGCGCGUCGCGACAACUGGCUUCAAACCGAACUGGAUCUGGAACGAGCAACUUCAACACAUCAUCGAACUUCUUCAGGAACGAGAAGACGCGAAAGAAAUCAAAGGAAUGCCAGGAUUGUCGCAGAGGGAGAUGAGGCCUCGAAAUCAGAAUCCAGCUUCUUCUUCUUCGGUUAUUGUAAUCAACGAUGAUUCUCCUGAUCCGCCAAAACAAGAGAUUCCUGUUCCAGUCGCUAAACCUCUCUUCCCAGUGGGAGAAAGUUCAACGGCCAGCUCUUCGAAGCUCCCAUCAAUCGCAAAUUCAGCUUCUGUCGCGAAAAAAUCGCGGAGUGAGCCAGAGAUACGACCCAAAGAAACGCUAAAAAUUGGGAUAAAGGGAACGCCACAGAUUCUUCCUCAUCCUUCGCUGAUCAAAAAUUCCUCGAGUAGCGGGGUUCAAAACAUGGUUAUUGCAGUCAAACAAGGAUCGGAGCCGAUUUUUCUCCUGGGUGAUGGAAAAACUGUUAAAGUUUCUCCAUCUGUCUCAAUUUCCACCGAUCUAAACAUUCCAUCAAUAUCCGUCGCCUCACAAAACGCAAACCGCGCCUCUGUCAUCGUGAGCACUUCGCCAAAACCUCCAAAACCAAUUAUAGUCAGCGACAGUUCGCACGGAAAGAUCACUAUAGCGCCUAAGAAACCUGUUUCUUCUCUUCCCGCGCAGCAGGAAGAUUCGAGUUCUGAUGGAAGAUCGAAGAGGACGAUUAGACCGCCGCAGAGUCAUUUGAAUCUGCUUAUCGGCGAAGAAACGCGAACGAGAAUGCCGGAUGCUCAUGUCCACUUCAUGCUCAAAAUGUACAAACAGUACUUGAACGACCGAAUGCUCACGUCUGGCCGACUCAGCAAGGGAACUUUCAACGAAAUAGCCAACGAUUUGAACAAAGAAUUCGGAGUUUCAUAUUACGAGCGGGAGCAGGUUGCGUCAAAGUUGCAAAAUCUAAAAACUCAGUACCGCCAGAGAAGAGUAGGUGUCGCAGAAGGAAAUAUUGAAGAGCUCUCUUGGAAGUGGUACAAAGAAAUGCAAGACAUUCUCUCCAUCGAAUCGAACGCGCGAAAAGACUCCAAGGACGGCGUAAGAAGAGUAGCAGCGAUCGCAGCAAUGGCGAACUCAUCCGCGCCAGUGAGCAACUCCGACGAAAGUAGCCACGAUUCCAGCUCGUUGAAAGUCGAAGCAUUUUCCGAAACAGGAACUUCCGAAACGCCGCCAACGAAAAAACGCCGUGGACGGCCGAGAGGAUCACUCAACGGCGGGAGCAAAUACAACCGAGACCCGACUUUCUUUCCCGGAAUAAAGCGAGAAAGAGAAGGGAGCGAAGAAGUUUCUUACACGCAGAAGAUCCAGCCAAAGCCGGAAAAAGUGCUCAUCGAUCCGGAAGUGCUCAAAGACGCGGUUAUAGAUUUGGCUGAAAAGCGAAGAGAAAGCUCGCGCAAUACCCCCGAAACGCCGCGAAAAGAGGAUGAAGAAGCGAAAGAAGCGCGAAAGAAAGAGCGAUUAAAAGAAGUAAAGGACGAACUCAUGAUGCUUCGAUCAAUGGCUUUCCAUCUCUUUAAAUCUUCGACAGAACUGUUGCGUACGAUCGACGAUUAA